CACCUGUUCUUUCUCAUGACGUUUCGAUCUAUAAGUAAUCCGGUGGGGAUAAAAACAAAGCAGCCACGUUACCUUGUCUCUUUCCACCUGUUAAGCUUCACUGAAAACAUGAGGGCAACUCUUUGCAUCGUUGUUUGUUUUGGUUUAGUUAUGAGCUGCUUGGCUCUUGACUGUCCAGAUUGCGACAUCAAAGCAUGUAGAGAUCCUGGUGUUUGCCGUCUGGGUAAGACCACCGACUUUUGCGGAUGUUGCCCAGUAUGCUACAAGGGCAUAGGCGAAGAAUGUGGUGGACCUUGGAAUGUUUUCGGUAUAUGUGCUCACCAUCUGAGUUGCGUCCGUCUCCCUGGACCUAAGGGACGACGAGAUCCCAUCACAGAGUUCAACAACAAAGGAAAAUGCCUGGCCUUGCCUUAAUAUUGCUAGAAAAAAAUAUCUUCUUGAGCAAUAAAAUUGGUUUUCUUCAUUAAAAUAUUA